CGUUAUAGCUACAGACUUACAGUAUAGGUAGUGAGUCUAUGCCUAAUCCAUCUACUCGCCGCUCCCUAUCCGACAUAUUCCUUGGCUCUGAUCGCGCCGCCCACUCCAAGCCCCCUCGCUUCCUCUCACUUUCACUUCCACUCUAUCUCUCUCUCUCACUGUCUUACUCACUCUCUCUCUCACUCGCUCCAGCUUACUGCAUCUUUCUUCUCCGCCAUUCCAACGCCUUCUCAUUUGUCAAUUCGUCAGCUCCUCGCAACUUUGCUUUGUUUGGCCACAAUGAAUGCCAUUUGCCAAUCCAUGCACUCUUCGUGCCCAUUCCUCGCCUCCUCUAGGCCGCCAUGAGCGCGCGUAAUCUAUUUCACGCCUUUGUGCUCUGCUUCGCCUUGCAGCCGCCGUC